AUGCCUGAUAGCCUGAAGAAAAAGUGGACCAAGCAGAAAGCCACUGAUAAUUAUCUCACAGGCAUUAAGCCAAAGAGAUUGCGAGCUCCCGACACAGACGACUCUCAACACCCUCAACAUUUGGGACGUCCAGACACUAUCUUGGAUGCUCCAACACGGACUAGCCAGCCCAAGGGCUCUCACUCCCUCAAUCUGACUUUCCCAAUAAACCCUGUCACUCCUGAACCGCCCUGCAAGGGUCAAAAACCAGCCCCUCCCCCAUAUGACAUCUCGGAGCAACCAGUUCCAAACUCCACAAUUCCCAAUGCCAUAACUCCCAAUGCCAGAAUUCCCAACACCACAAUUCCCAAUGCCACAGUUCCCAAUGCUACAAUUCCCAAUGCCAAUAUUCCCAGACCGUGGCCUAAAAAAAAGACUGUUACUCCUUCCCUGAGUGUGGAGACAGUGAGCAGCCAGCCCAUUUUUUUACAAUGCAAAGAUGGCAGACAGUUUGGAUUUUCUCAGCCCAUCGUACCCCCUGGCACAGAACCUGACCUCCAGGUGUUAAACAACUUGUUCGUAGCUGCAGCUAAGGCAACACGUGUGGCUUCCAAUGCCUCCCAAUGUCAGCUUUCUGUCAAUGCUUCUAAUACAGCUGGCGGUCAUCUUGCCACUAGUGAUGCCUACUUUUACCAUAGUUUGGACCCUGCCCUCUGGCAAACUGGAUCCCAACUUAGGGAAUCUGAAAGUUCCGACUCUAGCGAGGGUGACAGUUCCUCUGACGAUGGUAGUGAAGACAAGCACAUUGGUUGGGGGGCAGUUGGUGCGCGUCAUAGCAUGCACCCUGGUUUUUCUGGGGAAGAGCAACCACCCCAACCUCAGGUUGUGUCUGCUCUUCUGCCAGAUUUUGAAUUUCAAUAUUCACAUGACGAAGAUGACCAAGUGGCCAAGAAAAUGUUGGCAGUCAAUGGCAACUCAAGCGAUAGUAGUUCAUCAAUGGACAACAGGAAUUCUCCCAAGCCCAAAGAUGUCUUAAAACUUCACUACAAGAAGAAUGGCCAUCCCCGGAUGCCUGAUCCUGAACUCUUAGACCUUCUCCAAAGUGCUGAGACAAACACUGGCAAGUCCAAGGCGAACACGCAGGUAGUUAAAGGCACAGUAAAAUCUAAGGAGGUUGAAGGGCCUAAUGCUACCCAACUGGAUUGGUAUGGUCCCCACUGGAGAAGCUUCCUUGAGGACACCAAGGGAGGAUGCCAUGUGCAGCAAGCAUUAGAAAACCCCUUCCCAAAGCUCAUUGACGAUCUGCCAGUCUCUAUCACGGAAUCUCUUUCAGUGUUGCUAAUACAAUGGCUCAAAAAUGGCAGACAAGUUGAAGCUGAUGUGUGGCCUGCUCACAAGCCCGACAUGGCGAGGCUGUUAUAUGAUGAUUUAGCAACAUGGUGUUCUGACCUCAAGAAGAUUGCUAUUGCCAUCACACCUUCUGUGUAUAAUCUUGUCCCCCCGGCCACCAUUCCCAUCUAG